GAAAGUUAAUGCACUAUUUUUCAUUUAUUAAUUUUGGUCAAUAUUCGUGAACUUUAUUUGCUAAUUAUAUUUAUUUGUGUCCUGUGAUAAUAUGAUGCACGUCGCCCUUUUUGUACCUCCCGAGUUUCCGUACCUCUUCUCUUCCCCUCCUCCCUCGCAUUGUUACUAUGCAUUCAUCACUGAGGAUCUGCUCCUCCUCCUUCAGAUAUAAAUACUGGAAAAUUACAGUCACUCCACAAGUGAAGACGAGCAUCAGACCUUCAGCAAGAAGUGAAAUCUGCAAAGACAGAGUUUAUUGAAGGACUGUGAGAACAUGUGUGAUCCAGAACCCUGCAGAAUUAAAGAUGAAGAUACUGAAGAGCAAACAGAAGACGAGAAGAGUGAAGAGGAGGAACGUCCUGUUGAAGCUGGGAAUAAAUGUAAUUUACAGACUUCUGGUGUUUUGAAAAGGAGAGACAACAAUCGACUGACCUGCACUUAUUGUGAAAAGAGUUUGGGAACCAAAAAUAUUCUCAAGAUUCACAUGAGGAUCCACACCGGAGAGAAACCAUUCACAUGUACUGAGUGUGGGAAGAGUUUCAGACAAUCGCCACACCUUAAUAGACACAUGAUGAUCCACACCGGAGAGAAACCGUUUACAUGUACUCAGUGUGGAACAAGUUUCAGCCGAUCAUCAACCCUUAAUAAACACAUGAGGAUCCACACCGGAGAGAAACCGUUCACAUGUACUGAGUGUGGGAGGAGUUUCAGCCUAUCAUCAUCCCUUAAUCAACACAUGUUGAUCCACACUGGGGAGAAAACACACAAGUGUGAUCAAUGCAGCAAAACAUUUCUGAGGGUUAAAGACCUCAAGGUCCACGUUAGAGGUCAUAGUAAUGAGAAGCCUUAUUCAUGUUCUGUGUGUAAAAAGGGUUUUACAGUGCUGGCACGUUUAUUAAACCAUCAGAAGAUCCACACUGGUGUGAGAGAGUAUCUGUGCUUUGAGUGUGAGAAGACUUUUAUUUCAGCUACGCAACUGAAACUGCACGAGAGGAUUCACACUGGAGAGAAACCUUAUGCAUGUUCACACUGCGACAAGCGAUUCAGACGACCAGAACAACUGAAAUCACACCAGAGGAUUCACACUGGAGAGAAACCUUUCAAGUGUUCACACUGCGACAAGAGAUUCAGUCGACCAGAACAACUGAAAUCACAUGAGAGGAUUCACACUGGAGAGAAACCAUACACCUGUUCACACUGCGACAAGAGAUUCAGACGACAAAAACAGCUGAAAUCACAUGAGAGGAUUCACACUGGAGAGAAACCGUACGCGUGUUCACACUGCAACAAGAGAUUCAGACGACCAGAACAGCUGAAAUCACAUGAGAGGAUUCACACUGGAGAGAAACCGUACGCGUGUUCACACUGCGACAAGACAUUCAGACGACCAGAACAGCUGAAAUCACACGCAAGGAUUCACACUGGAGAGAAACCAUAUGCAUGUGAUCAGUGUCUACAGAGUUUCAAAUACUCGAUGCAGCUUAAAAACCACAUGAAAAUCCACACUACACCACUGAAAACGCACAUCACGUGACCCCACACACACACUCUGGCACCAGCUGCAGUGUAUGAGCGUGUCUAAGCUCCAGGCAGUCAGCGGGUGCUCUGUGGACACCUCCCCAGAUAAGAGCAGCGCAGGUCGGACAGUUCACCAAGGAUCUUUGGCUGGAUUUCAUCUCACUAUAGUUGUUAAGUAGAUAUUUAUUGGCCCGUUUUCUCUGAGUGGUACAGUAUGGUAUGGUACGAGUCACCUUUAUCAGGCUUGCGUCUCCUCUGCCAAAAGGGUACUGAUGGUACCCUUUUGGUGGGCGUGGUGUACGACAGAAUGUUUCAGUCAACGUCAUUCUCGCUCGAGGAAAUGUCAAAGUAAAGCUGUACAGGUUGUUCACAUGUCAUAUGGGAAGCACUCCUCACAAAACAGAUGCUUCAUACACAUAAAUACUUGUGUAGAAAUGUUCAUUACUAACCUUUUAUGAACAGGAUUUGAUUAUAAAUGCAGAUCAAUGAUAAAAAUAGCCUACUGUAACCCGACUAGUCCUCUGGAGUUUAUUUCCAUAGCAAACUUGUUCGUGUAAAGUGAGUGUGGAACGUCUAUCCAUUUGUCUUUGAAUAUUUGCUUUUUUUUUAAACAA